CCCCCUUGGGCUGGGGCUCGUGUGUCCCGCCGGGGCAGCCAUUCUUCCUUUUCUUCAAGCAAUCUCGUUUCUCAAAUACCGCUUCAUACCAACAACCAAGACGAUUGUCGUAAACCUCGAAUGAUACCAUCCUUCCGAGUGUUGCGUCAUAAAGCGGUGAGGGACCCAGGAAAGUUCCAAGCCAUCGAGACCGCCGUCCCGUACAAAUAGACAAAAAGCUCUCUGUCCACCCGCCGUUGGCCCGCUCUCGUUGGGCUGGCUUUUACCCCGACAUUGAAGCGGAUUCAACUUGCCAGCCGCUCCGGACCCCCUUUUUGCUCGGAAGAAUAGCUGCGAACAUCGAUAUCGUCGUCGUGUGCCGUGUCGUCUUUCGAGAAGCGAUGGCGGUGGUGUACAAGUCGGGAGAUCACGCCCCGGGCGAGGACGACUGCGAGGGAUGCCGCAAAAUCCAAGAGGAGCUGACUGGGUUAUCGGUCGGAUCCGAGUCCUCUGAGGAAUAUGAAGAUGAAGACACAAUGCCCUCGGUCAUCGCGCCCUCGGACCUCUCAACGACCCUGAGCGACACGGAGGACUGCCCCCAGGUCGCCCCCGAACUCCUGCACAACCUCAAGCAUGACAGUUCCGUGCUCGCCCUCGCCGUCAGCGCCGAGAACGAACGCAUAUAUGCCGGCACCCAAGAUGGCGAGAUUGUUGUGUGGUCGCUGGCCACCUUCCACCAGGAGCGUAUCGUCCAGGCCCACAAACGCAGCGUCCUAAGCCUGUACCUGACCCCCGACGGCUCCAUGCUGUUCUCGAGCGCCGGCGACCCCAUCAUCAACGUCUGGUGCCCCAAGACCAUGAAGCGCCUGUAUGAGAUCUACAGCACCUACGACGUCGGCGACAUCUUCUCCGUCGCCUACAGCGCCCAGCACGACACCGUCUACGUCGGCGCCCAGAACACCUCGAUCCAAUGGGUCAGCCUGACGGAUCCCAACAACCGCGUGACUCACGACUCGUCCCAGCAUCCUGACCGCCGGAACCACCGUUUCUUUGACUCGCGAGCCGUCGGUGGCACCUCGACCCCGCGCCGCAACGACGAAAGAUGGACCCUGAUUCCGCGCUCCGAGAAGGUUAUCGAGAUACACCCGGGCGCUCUGCAGAUGUUCGCUCACUACGGCUACGUCUACUCGAUGCUCAUGGCCAAGGGCCCGACUGUUCUGGUGGAACCCGAUGAGGAGGUGCUUAUUUCGGGCGGAGGCGACGGCACCAUCAAGCUUUGGAAGCUGGGCGCCGAAGGAGACGACCAGGCGGCCGAAAAUGACCGUGAGCCGGGCUUGCAGGAGCUCAUGUCGCUUGGCGCCGAUGACGCCGAAUCCGUCAUGUCUCUUGCCAUUGACGGCUCGUUUCUGUACGCCGGCAAGCUUCAGGGGGUUAUCGAGCUGUGGGACCUCGACACGGAAUCCAAGCUGAGGGUGAUCAAGGGGCACAGGGGAGACGUCAUGACUCUGCAAAUGGGCUGGGGCUACCUUCUCAGUGCUUCGCGGUCUGGUUCUGCGAGCAAACACACGACCGCUCACUAUGGAAAAUACCAAGACAAACGAGUUGCCAACAUCAGCCAAAAGUACCAGUGUGUCGCACGCUGGAAGGCACAUGAGGGCAAGGUCCUGUCGUCAGCAGUGACGACCUACAACAACAGACAGUACUACAUCACGGGCGCCAAUGAUGACGAUGUCGCUAUCUGGCACAUUGACUGCUCGUCUCUCGAGGAGCAGAAGGAAGUGGACGAGGCCAACGACGUGAUGAUCAAGACCCUCGGAGAGUUUGUGUCAUACCGGACUGUGUCGUCGCGUCCCGAGUUCGCCGAGGACUGUCGGCGAGGGGCGACAUUUCUCGGGUCGUUGUUCAAGAGGCUCGGAGGCCAUGUCGAGAUGCUGAGCACGGAGAGCAGCCCGCACAACCCAGUCGUCCUGGCCAAAUUCGACGGUACGCUCGAGCCGGCCGAGAAGAGGAAGAAGAUUCUCUUCUAUGGCCAUUACGAUGUCGUUCCAGCCGACACCAAAAAGGGCAAGUGGGAGACGGAUCCCUUCCAAAUGAAGGGCAUCAACGGGUAUCUGUACGGCAGAGGUGUCAGUGAUAACAAGGGGCCGAUCAUGGCCGCGCUGUAUGCAGUGACGGACCUGCUGCAGGCGAAGAAACUUGCCAACGACAUCAUCUUCCUGAUCGAGGGCGAGGAGGAAUCGGCGUCUCGCGGUUUCAGAGAGAUUGUCCGCAAGAAUAAGGACCUGAUUGGCGAUGUCGACUACAUCCUCCUGGCCAACAGUUACUGGCUCGACGAUGAGGUUCCAUGUCUCACUUACGGACUGCGCGGCGUUCUGCAUGCCACCGUCUGCGUUGACUCUCACCUGCCGGACCAGCAUUCCGGCGUGGACGGCUCCUACAUGAACGACGAGCCUCUAUCCGAUCUCACCUCGACGCUGUCGAAGCUGAAGGGCCCAGGUAACAAGGUGCUCAUCCCCGGAUUUUAUGACGACAUCUUCCCGGUCACAGCCGAGGAGGAGACACGCUACGACGACAUCGCGUCAACGCUGAUGCGGCAGAACCCAGAAAAGGGACCCGCCGACAAGCUCAAGGGCGCGUUGAUGGCCCGCUGGAGAGAGCCUAACCUGACGAUUCAUCGAUACAAGGUGUCCGGGCCCGACGGCAGCCUGGUGAGCAGCCACGCGAGCGCCAACAUCAGCCUGCGCCUCGUGCCAGGCCAGGAGGUCAAUGACGUGAUUGCGUCGCUGAACUCGUACCUCGAGAGCGAGUUCGCGACGCUCGAGUCCAAGAACUCGCUGACCAUCAAAGUCGAUAAUAAGGCGGAGCCCUGGCUCGGUGACCCAACCAACGCCAUCUUCCAGACACUCGAGGAGGCCAUCAUACAGGCCUGGUCUUCCGUCUUCGAGGGCGGAGCGGCCGAGGACGGCGCCGAGAGGACGGCAGCAGAGACGAAGGAGAAGAAGCCGAAGAAGCCGUUGUACAUUCGCGAGGGCGGCUCGAUCCCUGCGAUCCGGUUCCUCGAGAAAGAGUUUAGCGCACCUGCUGCUCACCUCCCCUGCGGACAGGCGAGCGACUCUGCCCACCUGGACAACGAACGUCUCAGAGUGCUGAACUUGGUGAAGAGUAGGGAGAUUAUCGGGUCUCUAUUCGCCCGCCUGUAGCUUGCAGAGAGAGAGAGAGAGAGAGAGAGAGAGAGAGAGAGAGAGAGAGAAACGAUAGGGAUGGAUGCAUUUGUUGGUGUUUCUUCAUCGGCUGGUGAUAACGGCGUUCCGGAGAGGGGAGCAUAAAACAAAGCACGGCUCAUUUGAGGAUCUGCUUCAAAAAAGUAGAGAUGGAUACCCAAAAAAUCAAAAGUAUUUACUAGACU